AUGUCGAAAGGGUUCUGGGAACAAAUGAAAGGGUUUCCUACAUGGCAGCUAACAUUGAUAUGCUUGAUCAGAUUAGGUGAACCAAUGGUGUUUACGUCGAUUUUCGCAUACAUUUUUUUUAUGAUCCAAGAUUUCGGUAUCGCCAAAAAUGCUUCUGAAAUUGCCACUUAUGCUGGAUACUUAUCAGCCUCAUUUGCCAUUUGUCAAUUUUUAUUUUCAGUUCAAUAUGCACAGGCCUCAGUGAAAUUUGGCAGGAAGCCAGUGUUGUUGUUUGGAGUUAUGGGAACCGCUGUAUCAAGUAUUCUUUUUGGGUUCUCGUCAAGUUUCAGCAUGGCAUUAGUAGCUAGGUCAUUGAUGGGCGCAUUGAAUGGAAACAUAGCUGUUAUGAGAGUUGCAAUUGGUGAAAUUGCUGUGGAAAAGAAACACCAAAAUAUGGCUUUUACUGCAUUAUCAGUGAUGUGGGGUAUUGGUCUGAUAAUCGGUCCUCUAAUUGGAAGCAGUCCAUGGCUUACAAGACCCGGAAAGACAAAAGAACAAUUGAUAGAGGUGGUGAGCUAUAGUGAUUUUGUCAAAAGACAUCCGUACGCCAUGUCAAAUAUUGUGUUGGCAGGAUAUCUUUUUCUCAGCUUUGUAUUGGGUUUCUUAUUUUUGGAGGAAACUGCGGACAAGUUUAAAAAUAGAAAAGAUUACGGUUUAGUGAUUGGUGAUUGGAUUUUUCUUAAAUUAGGAUUGGAAGUGCCAAAGAGACCCUGGGAUAGGGCUCUUGAUCUUGAACAACCUCAUGAGAGAGAAGAGUUGAUACAUCCAACUGCAAUAUAUGCUGCAGUUGGCGGCAGCGAAGAAGAAGAAGGAGAAGAAAGUGACGAAGACAUUGACAAUGCGUUAGUAUCGCGGAGAUUUGGAAAUGCAGCUAGACGAAGAUACUCAUCGGAACAACUUGGGCCAGUUACUGAUGGGCAUUCAGUGUCAACCAACGUGAGCCAGUCUUUCACCAAAGAAGUUUUUACUAUACCGGUUAUACAAUCGGUGUUGUCCAAUUUCUUACUUUGUUUCCACACGGUAUUGUAUUCGGAAUUCUUGCCAGUCUUGUUAGCUAGCCAGUUAUUGGUUGACAAGUUGGUGUUCCCAUUUACCAUAGUUGGAGGCUUUGGGUGGCAAACCAAUGACAUUGGUGCUUUGUUAUCAUCGACAGGAAUAAUUGGAAGUAUAGCAGUGAUAUUUUUGUUUCCUGUACUAGACCACCAUUUCAGGUCAAUCACCAUCUUACGAUUAUCGUAUGCCUUGGUUCCUAUAGCUUACGCUAUAAUUCCAUACUUUUUAUUUACUACUCAUGACUACAACUCAUCCAAUCUGGAAUGGUUAUCAAAAGGUUUAUUAUAUGUUACAAGUAUGAUAAUCAGUGCCUCUGUUUCAGUAAGCUUCCCAACAACAAUGAUUUUGGUUCAUCGAGCUUCUCCUGAAAAGCACAGAGCUCUAAUUAAUGGAUCAAGUUUGAGUUUGAAUUCAUUGGCUAGAGGUAUUAGUCCAAUUAUAUUCGGUCAUUUCAUGACUUGGUGUAACGAACAUGAAAUGGGGAGUGUGCCAUGGGUUAUCUUAGGGAUGCUUGCUCUUAUCUGUCUAGUUCAGUCCUUUUAUAUGGACGACUAUGAUGAUGAUGAGGACGAUGAGUAG